GCCAUGGCAAUAAUUGUCAAAUAUGAUCCAUCAGUUUUAAAAAAUCAUUUUAUGUAAUCAAAUCAAAGCAAUGAACAUUAUUAAUGAGAUAAAAUUACAUUACAAUCAUUUCCAGCAAAAACAAGAUUCACGAGUUUUCUUCAAAACGCUAUUUCUAUUCCAUUUUCUCAAUGAUAAACAUCGACUGGAAAUCGAUGAUGAUGAUCUAUUGUUCUUCAUCUAUAAAAUCGAUGAAGCAUUAAUUAAUCGUCUCAAGAUUGAUGUAUUUAGAAAAUCAAGCACCGAUUUACCUCUUGAUAAUCCUGCUAUCGAUUGGCAGGAAACGGCAUUUUUGAAUAUAAUUUUACAAAAAUUAAAUUAUACAAUCUAUUUUGCAGUAUUGACACGAACAAGCGCAAAUCAUUAUCAUGUAUUAUCUAAGCAAAAAAUAUCAGUAUUUUCUAGCCCAAGUCAGCAUUCAGUUUUGUACAAAGAAAGAAUGGAAGAAUAUUCAUAUCCGAUGAUCAAUUUUCAUGUUGAUAAUUACGAAGAGUUUCUAUUUGAAAAUAUUCUCAAUUACCUUGAAAUUAUUUAUAUUGAACUUUUGGUUUCCUUCUCACCAACGGAAGAACCAUCAGUGUUAUUAUCAUUCUCUCUUAACUACGAAUCCAUCGAUAAUGCCUAUCGUGAAAAGAAAUCGAUAAUAAACGGCCAAUAUCUUGGGGUAGCCAAAGUUAAAGAUUCAGAGACAAAUGGUUUUGGCGAAUUUGCAAUAAAAAGAAAAAUUCAACGUUCGAUUUCAGAUAAUCCAUCAAAUAAAUUGAAUUUAUCCAGUUUUGAUUAUCCAGAUUCAUUUGUAUCAAGAAUUCGAUCGUUAAACAAUAGUCCUAAUCAUCUUUCACCACGUUCAACAUGUCUAUUAUAUGAUGAUAAUUGUUUGAUAUUUGAUUCACAAGAUUUACUAUCAGAUUUAGACAGUGAAAAUUCCAAUCAAUUAUGGUACCAGAAAGGUUUUAGUCAAUUAUAUUUUCGUUGGAAAAAUAAACAAAAAGAUUUUACCAAUUCAUAUCAUUGUUUUAUCACACAAAUAUCACUGCCAUGUGAGAAAAUUAUUCAGAAAAUUUUGUCAAAUAAUUGUAGAAAAUCUAUACUGAUAAUAUAAAUA